GUCGAAAGACAUAAAAACAGGGCUUGUGCUCCACAUCGACCAGCAGCCACAGCCAGAUUCACAUAUCUUUUAAUCUGUUAAUUAACAAUGCCCAUCUCAAGCCAAACUUCCCGCCCUGUCCCCUCCACAACGCUCUCCACAACGCCCCGGAGACGCUCGUUAACACCCUUCCCCGGCCUUCCACCUGUCAACGUCUUGGGGGCCGAAACGACGCGGAACGAGGUGGCACAUCCAGACGUUGGGAAUGUGACGGUGGUACUUGUCGGCAGUCGAGUUGGAUCUUUGGAAAAUAUAACGUGGAAACCUCCAGGAGGAGACAAGAAAAUCUUUCACCAACGACUGAAUUUCAAACAAAAGGCCAGCAGUCGGGUUGGGUCUUUGGAGAAUCUUUAUUGGUCGGCACCAGGACAUAAACAAAAAAUCCCAACAAACGAUCUAAGCUUCAUCCAAAACGCUCGAUCCAAAGUCGGCUCGCUGGAUAAUAUUCAUUAUACCCCACGAGCCAGUCAAACUCUCAAGGGACGACAGAGAUCUGCGAGUUUAGAAUCAAAGAGUCGGGAAAAAGUUUUGUUUUAUAGUCCAUCUUUUGAGAGCCUUCCCCGCACACACACGCCGACUAAACCGAUCAAUAAAAACGUCCACUCAAAGAUUGGUAGCUUGGAUAACAUUCAUCACAAGCCGGGCGGCGGGAAGGUCAAGAUCAUAAAUGAAAAAAUUCCGGUGGGAAAGUUCAAAAAGGUGGACUCCAGGGUUGGAAGUUUGGAGAAUAUUCGGCAUGUGCCUGGUGGUGGAGAUGUUCAGAUCAUCAACUUGCCUCUACAUCUUCACCCUCAAUCCAAAGUGGGGAGUCUCGAUAACAUCCACCACGAGCCUUUAGGUGGUCAUGUAGUCAUUGUGAACGAGCCCAUCGUGUACAAGACAAAGGGGGAACUUGCUAGGGCUGCGCGCGGUUGACGCUUGUGGCGAGCAAAGAUAUCGCUGUUUUCAUGUCUGUCCAUGCACGGCUACAUUUCAAAACGUACUAAAGAACGAAUCUGUUGUCUAUGUGUAAUUUACAUAAAUAUGUGUAGAAACUACAAAUCUACACUCUCCCAAGAUGCUCCGUCUUUCAAUACAUCCAAUAUGAGAACCUCG